AUGUCCGCACGCCCAACCGUGGCAAUCGCCGGGGCGACCGGCAAUCUCGGCGCAAAAAUAGCCGAGGGCUUUCUCGAGCAGCAAUUUCGCGAGAGGUUCCUUGAUGUCAUUGUCCUUGCGCGUUCUCGGUCAAGCAAAGCCGAGCACCUCGUGACUCAGGGCGCGACACUUCGCUUAUAUACUGAGGAUAACCUGAAAGAGGCACUAACCGGUGUCGACGUCCUGAUCAACGCCGUCGGCCCUAGUGGUCACCACUUCAAAGAAGCGCUUCUGCGCAGUAUCCCUGGCUCUGCCGUAAGGCUCUACUUUCCCUCUGAGUUCGGUGUCGAUCACUACGUGCACGACUUCCCCCAUGAGGAGUGGGACGCCAAGAAAGCGCACUUUCGGCUAGCUACAGAGCUCAUCCACGGCGUAAGCGUGUGUCGCGUCUACGCGGGCCUUUUCCUCGAAGAUUCGAUUGGGCCGUGGUUUGGUUUUGAUACCAAGACCGGCAAGUACGAAGCAGUGGGGGACCCUGCACAGCGGACGUCGUAUACGAGCAUGCAUGAUGUCGGCAAGGCGCUCGCCGUGCUAGCGUCACGCACGGCAGACACGGUGCCGCCCGAGAUGCACUUAAGCGGCGAUAGCAAGUCUAUGCUUGAGAUUGCCGAGAUCAUGGAGGCGAACGGGGCUGGCAGAGUCGAGGUGACGCACGUGCCGCUGGAGAGCUAUAAGGCCGGCGUCCUCGCGAGGCCGUCGCCCACGCCAGAACGCUAUUUGCGCUUUCUAAUGGGCGAGGGCAAAAUCGACCAUUCUGCCGAGCCGAUGGGCGAUCAGAAUUACCUUCUGCAGGUGGUAGAGACAGAAUUGACGUGGAGCUAG